UUAGCAAAUGCGUCAGGCUCCAGUCGCUUGUUGACACAGUGCGUUAUUUUUAAUGAAUAUAGACGACAAACAUUAUGUCGGCGAUGGAAGCUCAACCCGGACGAGGUUUUGACUCUUUAUUCCCUGAUCUCUUGGCUUUUGGCGUGGAUUCUGUCACCACGUGUGUCUCCUCUGACGCAGCAGACAAACGCUGUGUCCUCCUCGGCCUUAGCUCUUUGUCGUCGCUCUUUCUACUUCUCUCGGGUCUUGUCCUCGUGUGUCAGAGGUGCAGGUGUGGAGGAAAUGCAGAAGAAACUGUCAUUUACUUCUACUGCUUAAUCGGUAACCUGUGCAACACUCUUGGAGCCAUUUUGUCAGGACAGCUUUAUAUUCAGGUUUUAAUGGGUGCCUUUGCUGCUGCUGUGGACGCUGUCAAUGUCAUGUCUUGCUGCUUCCCAGUGUUUCUGCACUGGAACUCAAAGACAGAAAGACGGCUGAGGAGCAUGAGGAGGCGGAGGAGGAGACAGCAUUUCCUUGCAGUGUGUGUGUUGAUGAUGGUUACAGGAGGUUUUCUGAAAUCUAUGGUCAACCCAACAAAUGGGUUUCUCAGUGGAAGGAGACUUCUGCAUGUCACUCUUCCAGACAACACAGACAUCCUGGGUUACAUUCUUGGAUGGAUCGCUUUUGUCAUCGUCUGCACUGCCAGGUUUCCUGCAGUCUGCAGCGUCUACAGCGGACAGAUGUUGCCACAGGCCUGCUUGAUCUCAGGACUACUCUGCUCGGUGGCUGGUUCCCUCUAUGCCGCUGCUGUUCUCCUCUACAACACUCAGGUUGGAUUUCUCCUGAAAGUCAUGCCAUGGCUCCUGUCGGCAAUAUGCUGUGUCACUCUGGAUCUUCUUACUGUUGUCCUCCACUGUUGCAAGAGAGACACAAGGCAGCAACUUGUGAGCCUUUCUUUUUCUGACACAGAGAGGCUUUUAGGCGACUCGGGGGUCCCCUCUGAAGAGAAUGCUCUCAUGAUGAACUACAGAACACAAGUGAAUUCAUUAGCAGGAACAAAUAAAACAAAAGUCCAGAAGAUGACUGAAAUGGGCUGCUACAUGGAUGUCAGUCUUCAACCCGAAAGAGAAAUGUGCCUACAGGAGGAGGCAGAGGACAGGCCUCUCAACAGGACAGUGCGAGGGAUCAGAACUGAAGGUUUCUGCUUUUCAGAUGCGUCCUGUGACUCUUCAACAAUCAGUUCAGAUCUAGAGUGGGAUUUUGAAGAAGCAAACGGCCAGUGGAGAACAUCAGUACAACAGCAGAAUGACGAGUUCCCCUUUCAACAGUGUCCAGCGAACCCCAACCCCUUAAAUUUCUGCACCUGUGCCAUGUCUGGACUCCCAAUAAAAAUCCUGCCAGGGAAACAAGAGGGUCUCACCACUGUAAGCCUGGCAAAGUGAUAGAAGAACUGUCAUUUUCAGUUUGUAAUACGUUAGAUAUAAACAUCUGUUGCUUUAAUUU